AUGAAACUCUUUAUUACUAUUGUUAGUCUUUAUGUAAUUGGUCUUCAUGCAGUACCUUUAGUUAAAGAAAAUUAUGUUCGUAAUCCAGAAGAAAUGGGUGGUCAUUUUCAAGGUGAUAUGGUUUUUCCUGAUGAUAUACCUCGUGGAGCAGCUCAUAGACCAACAUGGCAACGAUGGCCGGGUGGUUUUAUACCUUAUGAUAUGACAGCAUCUAUUUCUUUUAAUCACACUAUACUCAUUACAAAUGCUAUGAGAAGGAUGGAAGAAUUAACACAAGUAAAUAAUCGUCCAUGUAUACGAUUUCGUCCAAAAACGGAUCUAGAUUCAAUAUUUAUCACGAUAACAAAUGGAAGUGGUUGCUCAGCUCAUGUUGGCUAUCUUGAAAAUUAUACAUUAAAUCGUACUCUUACUUUAAUGUAUGCACCGCCUUAUACUUGUAUGAUAACUGGAAUUAUUCAACAUGAACUUCUUCAUAUAUUAGGAUUUUUUCAUGAACAAUCUCGUCCUGAUCGUGAUGAAUACGUUUCUAUUCAAUGGGCUAAUAUUAUUAACGGCACAGCAUUCAAUUUUGAUAAAUAUACCGAAGAGGAUAUUGAUACUCUGAUGUUACCAUAUGAUUAUGGAUCUGUCAUGCAUUACGAAGCAAAUGCAUUUACUGUUAAUGGACAACCAACAAUAAUACCAACGAAAAAUGCCACUGCAUUUAUUGGACAACGUGUUGGUAUGAGUGAGAUAGAUGUUCUUGAAGUUCAGCGAUAUUAUGGAUGUCUUCCUACUCCAACAACAACAACAACUACCACCACUACUACAACCUCAACAACAACAACAACUACCACCACUACUACAACUUCAACAACAACAUCCACAACAACAUCCACAACAACUACUAGUGUUACAUCUUCAAUGACCACUGAAAAAUCGAUUAGUACAAAUCUCCUUCCAGGAAAAGCUCUGGCAAUUUUACUAUGCGGUGUUGUUUUUUGGUGGGACUCUUUCGUCUAUCAAUUAAAUAAUUUGUAA